AUGGGUUCCAGUGUCCAAGAUAUUGCAUAUGCAUUUUUGCAAACUUACUAUGAAAGGAUGAAAACCAAUCCUGGUAAAUUAUCAAGUUUUUAUAGUACCACUGCAGAAUUAACGCACAUCAAUUAUCAACAAGUUGAUUUUGAUAAGAUCCCUUCAACUUCCUCUAAUACUUUAACUACUGUGAAAUUAACCGGUAAGGAUAAUAUUAGCAGAUUCUUUGGUAGAAAUGAGGAAAAAAUUUGUGAUUUGAAAUUGAAAUUAGAUUCCUGCGAUUUUCAAAGUACAGGAAUUGCUCAUAAAGGGAUUAUAAUAAUAGUUACCGGUGAAUUAUUUUGGAGUCAAUCUCCGAUUUAUAAAUUUUGUCAAAUGUUUGUAUUAACACCACUUGCUAAAAAUAGCGAGGUUUAUGACAUAACAAAUGACAUAAUAAGGUUUUUACCACAAGACAGUCAAUCUGAAAAUCUAGCAUCUAACUCUCAAGCCAACGAACAAGAGAUCGAAAAAUCUAUUCCUGUUAAAAACGAAACAACGAGUAAGAAAACUGCUGAAGAACCAGCAAAAGAGACUAAGAAAGCCUCAAAACACAAGAAAGAUUCUUCUUCUAAAGUCGAGGAUAAAAUAACAGAAAAUACAACACCAAUUGAAACAAAGGAAGAAAUUAUAUACGAAAAAGAAGCAACUCCUGUUGAUAAGGUGAUAGAGACCUCAGAUGUACCAAAAUCAAAACAAGAAAUCAAAUCAGUCGAUUCACAGGAUAAAAAAGAGAUCAAGAAGGAAGAUUCGAACGAAAAGAAGGAUUCGAAGAAAGAUUUACCGGUUGAAAAAAAGGACCACAUAAAAGAACUUUCAGUGGAAAAGAAGGAUAGCAAGAAGGAUGGAAAGAAGGAAAACAAGAAGGACAAUUCUAAUGAGAAGAAAGAGCCUGAAAGUAAGAUCGAUUCAAAGGAAAAAUCUAAGGAUAAGAAAGAAAGCAAAAGCGAACACAAUGAGAAAACGAAAGAAAAACAUCCUGAAAAGAACAUUCCUAAUAAUGAAGUUGCUCCAACUGUCGGUACUUCUAAUAAUAAAUCUGAGAACGUAGAAAUACCAAAUGAUGUGUCUCAGUCUAAUUCAAAGACCACCGUAGAAUCCAAGGACAAACAAAUACCUACCGAAGUGAGGAACUUGACAGAUACUGUUGUUACUACAAUUAAGGAGACUACUGAACAAACUGAGCCUACUACUACUUUACCUGUCGUACCAAAGAAAAUGUCAUGGGCUUCGAAGGUUUCGCUACAUGAUGCAGUUCCAAAAGAAAGUAGAAAAAUUAUUGUAGCUCGUGAGGAACCUUCAAUGCCACGCACUGAUUCUAACCGUAACAAGAAAAAUAACCGUAACAGAGAUGGCGACCGUAAGGAUAACAAUUCCAAAAAUAACGGUAAAAGGAGGCCCAAUAACAAUGUCAACAGAGAUGGUUAUUAUCCAGUAUAUAUUAACGACACUCAAAGUAUAAAACCGGAAUUAAUUAGAAACAAAUUAAUUAAGGAUUUUGGUCCUGUUAUGAAAAUGACUACUGGUGAUAAUUUCAUUGUCAUUGAUUUCCAAUUAGAAUCCAGUCAAAAGGAAGCUAUUGAUACUAAGAAAAUAAUGGUAGAAGGUACAGAGUUUACAUUAGAAAGAAAAACAUAUAGAAAAGGUCAACCUGCUGGUCCUAUAACGUCGUCGUCAUCGUCGUCUACUUCAACAACUGCAUCUUCAUCAUUACCAUCUGAAUACACCAAUGAUACCAGAAAUCACAAACGAUUUAAUUCUAACAAGAAAUCUGUAUAA